UGUUUAAACGCAGACAGAAGGCUACAGCGAGGACAGAGAGGAGGAGGAGGAGAGAGCCGCGGUACAGUGAGCUCGUCAGCUCAUCAUUGAAGACAAAAUAAGUCUAAAAACCAUCAAAUUGUUGACGGCGGGAAAAGAAACGUAAAAAAUAUGCAUGCUCAGCUGACUGUGAUUUUCGGUAGGACAAGUGGAUUUCUUUCUAACACCGUUUGAAGACAGGUCGGCGGAGGAUCGGCGCUUCGGCGGAGGAAAAGGACCGUACAGAGAACCGCGGUAGAGUAACCUGUUCACAGGCUGUAGAGAAACUCUGUUUGUUUUUAACAAGAAAGGAACAGAAGUAAUCUUGCCGGAUGCAUAAGGACUUGUCCCUGACACCACGGACUGUAGCUGAACUAUGAACUAAAGAAGAGGGGUUCAAAGUUGUCACAUGGAGGAAUAAUAGACGCACCCUGCAGACAAGAGGAUCCGCAUCUUAAUCAUUUGCGUUUUUAAGUGGGAGACGCGAGGAUUUGUUGAAAAGUAGAUCCCGGUUAUAUAGCUAUAGUUUUGUCUGCUUAAAAACGAUCUCAAAGGACGUUUUGUUUUCCAGUUUAAACGAUAUAUUUUUUCUUUUAUUUCUUCUAUCUGGGAUGGUUAAAAUGAGCAAAAGAGCGGAUUUACAUGACUGGGACAAGUUGUGAUUUUUUUCUCUCACUUCAACGUCAACACAUCAAGCUGUUGUCUUUAAAACAAACAAACAAACAAAAAAUAGACUGCAAAACCAAAGACAUGUGUGCUUAAGGAUGCAAAAGCCCUUGAUUUUGAUUUCUGCCUUUCGAUAUAACUGAGAAGAGAAAUACCUCAUAAUUUAUUAUAUCUGGAAAGUCAAAGCCCCUUUUGAACUCACAAAGGAAAGUUCAACAUUUUCUUUUGUCUGACUGUAAUUCUGCUUCUCUUUCCUCUCAAUAUUUCAAAUACAAAGCAAAAAACGGAACAACACCUUAAUAGUUCCCCGCACUAUCUAGCUAAGGCUUUAGAAUUUUUCCCAAAUAAUGAGGAUUGAGAUGGUAUCAAACCUGUUUUAGAAACUAUUCGGUGUGGACUGUCACCGCUACUAUUACCUCAGCUUGACCUCGACCUUCACAAAGGAGCAGAGUGCAGAAGGUUGGAACAAUGCCAGAUUCACCUGCGGAUGUGAAAACCCAGCCCAGGUCCACCCCACCCACCAUGCCUCCUCCACCCCCGGCUGUCAGCCAAGCAACCAAUCGCAAUGCUUCAUUCACCCCAGCUACCAGUAAAUCAAUGCUGAAUGGGAGCAGCCACUCUCCUACAUCACUGAACGGUGCUCCGUCCACUCCUAAUGGCUUCAGUAAUGGGCCGGCCAUGUCGUCGACGGCCUCGCUUUCCAACCAGCAGCUCCCACCAGCUUGUGGUGCCCGGCAACUCUGCAAACUGAAGCGCUUCCUGACCACACUGCAGCAGUUUGGCAACGACAUAUCACCUGAGAUUGGGGAGAGAGUGCGCAGCCUUGUGCUGGGGCUGGUGAACUCCACUCUCACCAUUGAAGAGUUUCACUCCAAACUCCAUGAGGCCACCAACUUUCCUCUGAGGCCUUUUGUCAUUCCCUUUCUGAAGGCAAACCUGCCCCUGCUGCAGAGAGAGUUGCUCCACUGUGCCAGGUUGGCCAAGCAGACUCCAGCUCAGUAUCUGGCCCAACACGAGCAGCUUCUCCUGGACGCGAAUGCCAGCUCGCCCCUUGACUCCUCUGAGAUCAUGCUGGAGAUGAAUGAGCAUGGCAAGAGGAGGACCCCUGACAGGACCAAAGACAGCUCAGAGAGAGACGGGUUGCACCCGGAGCACCUGGCUAAAAGGCCCUGCACCAUCAGCCCCAGUCAACGCUUCAGCCCCGGCACAGGUCUUCCUGCUCACCCUCCUCCCAACGGCCUCCCCACACACCCGCCCAAUGGCCUGCCCCACCCACCUAACCCCCAAGUGGGACCCCAACACUAUCGCUUAGAAGACAUGGCCCUGGCACACCAAUACAGGGACGCUUACAGACAUAAUGAACACCGCGACGCCCGAGACAGGCACCGGCAGACAGCAGUGCAUGGAGCCCGCCAAGAGGAGGUGAUUGACCACCGUCUAACAGAUCGAGAGUGGGCAGAGGAAUGGAAGCACCUAGAUAAUCUUCUGAACUGCAUCAUGGACAUGGUGGAGAAGACGCGUCGCUCUCUAACAGUGCUACGCCGCUGCCAGGAGGCAGACCGGGAGGAGAUGAACCACUGGAUUAGGCGCUACAGUGACGUGGAGGAGAUGAAAAAAGGUGGGAGCAACGGACAGCACUGCCUUCCUCCUCCUCCUCCUCCUCUUCCUCCUCCUACUCCUCACCACAACUCCUCCUCCAACACAGCUAGCAGCAGCGAGGCACUGCCCAUAGGAACUUCCUCGGCUGCUGAAAGGCAGACAAGCAGACAGACAGAGAUCCACAGAGACUUCUUACACAGGCCUCCCUCAGGAUACCUGCCAGAAGAAAUCUGGCGGAAAGCUGGUACUGCAAGCAUCCCACUCUCCCCAGCACUAAAGCACCUCCAAAACAGACAGGAGGAGGCAGUGAAUGAGGUUAAGCGACAGGCCAUGUCAGAGCUGCAGAAGGCGGUGUCAGACGCCGAAAGGAAAGCUCAUGAGAUGAUUUCAGCCGAACGUACUAAGAUGGAGAGGGCGCUGGCUGAGGCCAAGAGACAAGCCUCUGAGGACGCACUAACAGUCAUCAACCAGCAGGAGGACUCCAGUGAAUCUCAACAGAGCUGCUGGAACUGCGGGAGGAAGGCCAGUGAGACGUGCAGCGGCUGCAACACGGCUCGCUACUGCGGCUCUUUCUGCCAACACAAAGACUGGGAGAAGCACCACCAUGUCUGUGGUCAAGGCCUGCAGGGGAUGCCGGGGGGUAGCAGUGUCCCUCUGGGCAACCCCUCCUCCUCCAGUGCGCCCCCCACCCACACGGAGAGCACUCCUCCAGGAGCCUUGUCCUUGGCAGGCCAGAGCAGUAUUGUGGGAGGGGCUGGCAGCGGUUGUGGAAGUCUUUCUGCUAGCCCCAAGGAGAGCAGUUCCAGCAGUGCCUCUCGCUCCACAACUCCAGCUACCCCCGCCCUGUUGGAUGCCACCUCUCGCUGACAUCUGAUCCUUGUCCCUUCCCUGCAUAUUGAUGCGACGGUGCCCACACUCCACACAAAACCAAACUGAGGAAUCUUCAUGACACACUGCUCCCUUUCCUCUUCCCCUACUUCAGUCCUUCAGAUUUUAUCUUUCUUAUCCUAAGCCCCUCUGAAAAUCUUCUCACUACCUGACGAUAUACUGUUUUCCUCAACUGGUCACCUCCCCCACCC